AUGGUUCGAGUGAACACUCUUGCUCAUCGUGCGCCUGACAGCCCUAGUAGACAGCUCCUGCAGGACUUGACCAGGGAUCUAGAACAGGUUCGCAUACAUGGCGAAGAAUUAAAACUUGUCAAAGCUUAUGAGAGCCGGACUUUCUACGAGAAGCUUGAUCGGAUAGAUCGGGAGAGAGAAGAGGUUCACACCACCGCGCUCAAUGCCGCGGCGGCAAAGCGUGACCAGAGAAGGCUACAGGCAGAGGAGACGCUCCGACUCCAUCUGCAGGCGGUAGAGGAAGAACGCAGACGGAAAGAAGAAGCUGAGAGACGGCGACAGGAGAAGAUCAGGCAAGAAAAGGAGGAAAAAGAGCGGAAGGAGAGAGAAGAGGCUGCCAGGCUCGAAGCAGAGCGCAAAGCAAAGGAAGCAGAGAAAGCUAGACAGGCCGAAGAAGCCGAGAAAGCAAAGAAGGCCGCCGAGGAAGAGAAGGCGCGACUCCAGCGGGAAAAGGCCGAGCAAGAGAAGAAGAAGGCGGACGAUGACUCGAGAAUCAAAGCAGAAGAGGAGGCAAAACGGAAAGCAGCCGAGGCAAAGGAGCAACAAGCGGUAACGAAACAGGCAGCCCUUGGUAUCAAUCAUCGGACCCAGCAGGAAAUCCAAGAGCAUGAACGCUACCUGAAGUUACAUACUCAUCUGAAGGACUUCCGGUCCUACAUGAGAGCCCAGACAAAGUCAAACGCCAUCCUGAAGCAGCAUAUGGGUGACAUGCGCAGAACUAUCCGAAAGUGUGUCGGCCAAUUGGUAGCAGACGAUAAGACAGCAAACCAGAAACCCACAAGGGAAAUCGCGGCGAUUCUGAAGAAGGCGCAGGAACUAGCAGAACCCAGCGUAGAUAUACGGCAAUUCAUCGCGUUUCCUCCCCCGAACAUUGCAAAUGCCGAAAACCCACAGGUCCCGGCUCUCUGGGUAUACCUGCUGAACAUCCUCGCGAAAUCUGUCCUUGCGCAGCUUAUGGCUGAAGCAGGCGUGACUACAAAAUGCGCCGAACCACUAGGCGUGCUUACAGCGCAGAUAUUCUCCAUGGAUGCCUUUUGCUACCAAGGCCAAUCCAUGAUCGACAUUCUCCUGGCAAAAUACAGAUUCCUCUGCCCUGUGCUCUGGGGCUUCUACGGAGACCAAUCGACCGAUCAAGGAAAAGCAGCGAUUGGUUGGAUCCGAGAAGAGAAGAACGGUCCAUUCAUAAGUGCCCAGCUCCACGAGGAGCGCAUGACAGGCCUAGGAGCCGGAUACGCAGCCAUAGCAUUACGAAACUUUGCUAAAAGUCCGCGUCAAAACCCUUAUCCCAACAGCAAUUUCUGGAAGUCACUUUCGUAUAUCGUCAACGUGCCCCCCACAGAAGUACAAGAUACGCAUCUUGUCGUGCUAACGGCCAUGCUGCGCUAUUCUGCACCCCGCAUCGUUAAUUUCUGGGGUGACAUGGGUGUUUUGGCGCUAAGGCAGGCUAUCGUUUUGUUCCCUGCAAAGCUUCCUCGCAAGUCAACGCAAAGAGCCAUGGUUGAGGACCUCCGAGAUAUACUUGCCAGGGAGAAACGCAUAAUCAUUUAG